AACUCUCUCGCCAUUCUGUAUCAAACACAUUUUAGUUACAAACUCUGGGCUCGUAAUUUUCCAUCGGUUCAAAAUCAAUGGCGGGUCGGGGCAAAACUCUCGGAUCUGGAGCGGCCAAGAAGGCCACAUCUCGAAGCAGCAAGGCCGGCCUUCAAUUCCCCGUUGGUCGUAUCGCUCGUUUCCUCAAAGCCGGCAAGUACGCCGAGCGUGUCGGCGCCGGCGCUCCGGUCUAUCUCGCCGCCGUUCUUGAAUAUCUGGCCGCCGAGGUUCUUGAAUUAGCGGGAAAUGCGGCGAGGGACAACAAAAAAACGCGAAUUGUGCCUAGGCACAUCCAAUUGGCGGUGAGGAACGAUGAGGAAUUGAGCAAGCUUCUUGGUGAUGUUACGAUUGCCAAUGGAGGUGUGAUGCCAAAUAUUCACAACCUGUUGCUUCCCAAGAAGACCGGUUCAUCAAAGCCGUCUGUUGAUGAAGAUUAGAGAUUGGGAAUUGUUGUCUGGAUUUACUGUGCUGUUGAAUUAGGGUUUGUGGCUUAUGUUUUGUUAUGUAGUCGAUUAGUUUAAUUAGAUAGGGUAUGGUUCUGAUCUGGUAGUAUGUGCAUAGGAAUCAAUCAAACUUGUCUGAUUUUGUCACAAUUGGAUGAAUGAAUGAAAUUAUAUUUAGUGUUA